UCUGUCGUCUGCAAAAGAUCCCGUUUCGUGGCCCCGCUCGCUUGGUAGUGGAGUUAUUCGAGCAGCGAGUGCGGAAAGUUGUACGCACGGGAUCGCCCAGUUAGGAAUUUGGCCGUAAAAGGCCUGAAGUAGGAAUAAACGGAUUUCGGGGGAAAAGGCAGCGGAAUUUCCCGAAUUUCUUCGUCUGCUCGACCUGAUUUCGUCCCUUUGGAACUUUUUGGAAUAGCACAGUAUUUUGUUUUGAGGGAUUAAAACCAUGGCAAACAACGGCGAGGCAGAUGAUAUGGAGCCGAAUGCCGCUAGUCGAAUAGCGGCAAGGAGAAGGGAACGCGCCGCUGCAUCGGGGUCGGGUGAAGGAGGCGAGGAGGGGGCUGCUGGAGGAGCGAGCGGAGGAAGGCCGGAGAGAAAGAAGAGAGAAAAGAAAGCAGGAGGAGCAGGAGGAGGAGGAGCGAAGGGUGGAAAGGGAGGAAGGUUCGGCAAGAAGAGAGAAAAACGUAGAGGAACGGGUAUCGUGGUUUUAGAUGAUGAAGAAGGAGGAGAUGAAGGAGAAAAACAAGAAGCAAAUGGAAACGGUGCUAGUCAUAACGGAAACGAUCACGGGAGCAAUGAUUCUGGAGGCGGAUCGUCUUCUGAUGAGAAUGGAAGCAGUGUAGAUGCUGUUGAAUCAAGCGAUAGGAGAACAGAGAGGAUAGAAGCUGAUGACGGUGAAGAAGAUGAGCGAUCAGCAGAAGAAGUUCAAAGAAUGUUAAACCGAGAGAAACGAUCGAACAAAAGGUUACAACGGAAGCUCGACCAGUCGCAGGAAAGGGUUACCAUUCUGGAGCAAGAAGUCAGGAUUCUCACCCAAGAUUUGGAAGCUGCAGAGGAUGAGCUAGACCAAGUGAAGGAUGAGAAUCGAGCAUUACUAAAAGCAUUGGCCAAGCUAGGCAGUUAGGCCAUGGUUACAUAGCCCCCUCUAUUGGCAGAACAGAGAAUAUCUGAUAGCAACUCAAUCACAAGGACAAGCUCAAGGUCAAGCACAAGGGCAAGCACAAUGACAAAGACAAGG